GAACAGCUUAUUUUGUGGUGUUUAUCCAAAUCACUGGAAAAUUGUUGACCACAACCAAUGAAUGAAGCUAUAUAUUAUGGAAAUUCAUGUUUGUAACUCCAGCAAGUAUAUGAACGUAGCAACAAGAGACGUGCAGAGCUGAUUCCUCUCUACAUAACCAAGCAAACCAUGUGGUGACGCCAUUAAUCUAUUAGAGCUUAGCUACCUGACAAAAUUUGUUAUUUUUAGCACCCUGCCAACUUCCAAAAAUACCUCUUGGCCAAUACAUGUCUGGAUACAGAGCAGGCCUCACCAUAGCGAAUGGAUCUAGCGUCACAUAUCAAUGCGAAGAUGUCCAUGGGCAAUCAGCGUCGAAACAAAUCCAGUGUCUUUUGGGAGAAUUGGAGCCGAAAGCACCAACCUGUGGAUCGCAUGCUGUAACUGGAAAGUCCGAUAAUCAAUAUCUGGGAGGCAGCGAUAUCGUAAAAGGAGGAGAAAUUACUGUUAUCCAGUAUGGAAAUUCUGGAGGAAAUCCAUGUGGACCGCCUGCCAAAGUGCGUGGUUCACUUAUAUACAGGAACGGUCAACCGGUAGUGGAAGAUGAAAACAACUUCCCUGAUGGCAGCGAGGUAACAUUUAACUGUAUCGAAAGCAUCAUGGGUGAAAAAACUACAUGGAAAAUCAUUUGUGAAGACGGAAGUUGGAUCGGAAGAUCUUUAAAUUGCGAUUCAGAGGACCUCGGUGGUGGUCAAAUAUUAAGCAGCAAUAGUACUUGCAUAUUUAGAAAUCAAGAACCUAAUGUGAUAUCGUUCUAUAACGAUCAGCAAAUUCGGGAAGACGUGGUGGAGUUUCCCGCUGGUGCUGUGCUGGUUAGCAGGUGUACUGAUAUUGGAAAAUUCGCUAUGAUAGGCCCGAACAAAAGAAGAUGCAUGGGAGGGGAGUGGGACGGUCUGAAACCGGCCUGUUUCGGUUUGAACCAAGCUAACGAUUACUCCAUGGAAAAACCACCAACGAUUCUAUUCAGACACCAACUUGGUCCGAUCGCUCAAUCCAAUGAAGGGAAGUUGAUCGUCUACCCAGGGACAAUCCUUCACAUGGAAUGCCUGUGGAUGAGGAGAUUUGGUAAUCCAAAAUGGACGGUCAGUCAUGAUUAUAGGAAAUAUCCCGAAGGGUGGUCAACGGAUCCAGGUCGGGAUGCCCAAUUGGAGUACAGACUUUCGAUUUUUCACGCAUCUAAAGACGAUUCUGGACUGUUCACCUGUGUGACACCUGCGAGAUAUACUCAUUCGGUAGAAAUUGAAGUAAAAGCCGUGCACUGUCCCGUGAUUCCUCAACGUCGAGGUUUGACCGUGAAUACUCAGAGCACGAAAAUGAACACAAGGCUCAAGUUUUCCUGCAUCAAUGGAAACGCUUUGAUCGGCGCUCCUGAAGUCGUUUGUCUGCCAUCAGGAAACUGGAGUUCACCUUUUCCCAUAUGCGAAAAGGUACAUUGCGAUGAUCCAGUUGCUCCAGAAAAUGGAUACAUCCAAGGUACGGGUCCUUAUAAAGCCGGAGAUGUGGUCCAAAUUAACUGCAACCCGGAGUACAUGAUGGAAGGCCAACCGAUCAUUGCUUGCCAGGAGAAUUCGAGGUGGUCUGGAAAGAUGCCAAAAUGCGUUCAAGCUUGCUCUUAUCCAGGAACCACCAUAAGCGGAAGGAUGUCUUCGGUGAAAUUCUUCUACAAAAUCGGUGAGAAUAUAACGUUUACGUGCGAAGAAGGACUCUUGCUCAAAGGGGCGGCCAUGCUGAAAUGUCUCAAAAACGGUAAAUGGUCCAAUACCAUUCCGACAUGCUCCUCAGAAACUUCUGAGAGUCCCAAACAAAUAUCUGUAUUUUAAACAAAAGUAGAGACCUACGUGGUUAAUAUUUUGCAUAUCUUUAAUGGAAGAAUGUGGAUGUAUCGGAAGAUAAGUGGAUUCUACUUCAUGUUUUAUGACCAGCGAGUAUUUGAGAAUCAUGAACGGGAUUUCUUGUCGUUUAUACAGGAAGUACGAUAUUUUAAAAUACAAUGUAUAAUUACAUUGUUAAUCAUAAUCAAAAUAAUAUAUUGUAAGUAAGUAAUACAAUCAAAAUCGUAGAUUAAAAUAUAUAUAUUUAGUAUUUUAAAAUAAAUCUUUAAUGUCCGUUUGUACUAACCUGUUUACUCUUUUUUCUCGAGUUUCUGUCCUAAAUUAUGUCUUGUUUCUGUAUUUUAGCCGUGUUUAACCAUUUUUUGGUUUACUUGUUGCAAGUAGCCAGUUCAAAGCAUUUCCAGACCAGCUUUUAUUUAACUCUUUAGUCAAGACUUUUUUCCAGGGCUCAUGUGAUUUAUUUUUCUACAAUAUUGUAGCCUACCUACUUUUUG